CAGAGCACACCUGUUAGUCAGACAGAGACUGGCAAAGGGACUUUGUGAGGAAAAAUGAAGUCAACAACAACAAAUGUAUGCUACUUUGCGCUUCUUCUCCUGCACCUAUCUCGCCAUUUGUCAGCCUUGCUGUGUCCCAAUGGACAAUUUGUCCUUAAUGCUCAGUGUGUGAACUGCCACCCAAGCUGUGAGGAAUGUAAUGGACAGGAGCCUUACGAGUGCACUGAGUGUGGGAUAGAUGAAGAUGGCAUUGAACGUUUCCUUCACCGCAGCCGCUGCAAGCUGCACUGUCCUCGUGGCUUUUACCCAGAGCGGAACACCUACACCUGUGAAUCUUGCCCACUAAACUGUGACCUUUGCACUAACACCGAUAGCUGUCAAAAAUGCAAGACCAACUACAAGCUUCAAAAUGGAGAAUGCUUUUUAAUACAGUGCCCACAAGGCCAAGUACAAGACCCUGAGAAUGGAGAGUGUGUUGACUGUGGCACUGGAUGCAAAACAUGUACAAUAGAUGAUUCUGAAAUCUGCCUUAGCUGCCUACAAAGCUAUUUUCUAUAUCGCCUCCAGUGCCGGAAACACUGCCCCCUGAAAACAUAUGAGGACAAUGGCAGGAAAAUGUGUAUGGCCUGUCCAUUAUGGUGUCGUGAAUGCCACAAUGAAACACAUUGCUCUUCCUGCCAAAGUGGAUAUUAUCUGUAUGAUGCAGAUUGUGUACUUAAGUGCCCAGAUGGUACUUUCCAGAAUUCAAAGAACUGGCAAUGUGAAAGCUGUCAUAAAUCCUGCCAGACCUGCCAUGGACUGUCACCACGGGAUUGUGACUUUUGUCCAGAUGGGAAAGAGCCAUCCUAUGGCAUGUGCCAUCUUGUGACCUGCUCUGAUGGACAAUAUUUUAAUGUGGCAGAUGGCAAGUGUUACGCCUGUGAUCCAUCUUGUCAGAGUUGUUUUGGCCCACAAGCGCUGGACUGCUUUUCCUGCCAUUUCGGUCAUUUUCUGGAUGAGGAAAACCAGUGUGUUCCCAGCUGUCCUCACGGAUUCUUUGGAGAUCCAUUCAGUCAAACCUGUGAAAAGUGCUCAGUGACCUGUGAAAGUUGUGCAGGUAGCAGUGAACACUGCUUAAAAUGUAAUACCAAAGAUCAUCAUUUGUUUCUCCAUGAAGGAAGCUGCCUUUCUGGCUGUCCCGAUGGCUACUUUGGGAAUGCUGAAGGCUCAUGUGAAACGUGUGAAGGAUCCUGCUGGACAUGUGAUGAAAGUAAAACAAAAUGUUUGUCUUGUGUGGAUGGCCUGUACCUGGAGAACAGCAAGUGCCUACCAAAUUGUUCCCUGAGGUAUUAUCCAGAUGAUGACGGUAUCUGCAAGCACUGUUCAGCCCACUGUACAGCCUGUGCUGAUGAAAGAGCAUGCCUUGAAUGCAGUUACUUAUAUCUUCUCUUCAAUGGCACCUGCAAGGCAACAUGCCCUGAUGGUUACUAUGAGGAUCUUGAUGCUGGAAGAUGUGUUUCCUGCCACAUCAGCUGUGAAACAUGCUCAGGGCCAGCAGAGGAUGACUGUGAGACGUGUUCUCCCACCAGCUCCAAGCUGUACCAAGGCAGGUGCCUGACCAGCUGUCCCAAUGGAACUUUCUAUAACGGCGAAGUCAGGGAAUGUCAAGAGUGUCAUAUGACGUGUGCCCAGUGCUCAGGCCCAGAACCAACAGAUUGUACCCAGUGCCAAGACCGUCUCAUGUUUGACCAGCAAAGCCACAUGUGUGGAGUAAAAGGAGAAGGGAAUUGCCCUCCUAGGACUUUUCUUGAAGAUGAUUCAUUCACUUGCAGCUCAUGCGAUAACACAUGUGACUCAUGUGAUGGCCCGUAUCCUAGAGAUUGUCUAACAUGUUCUGUACCCUUCUAUCUAUACCAAAGAACAUGUGUAACGCAAUGUCCCAAAGGGACAUACAACACUAGUGAGGAGGCGGAUGGGAUGAUACUUGGAUUCUGUUCCAGCUGCCACCAAGUAUGUACAACAUGCAAUGGAGGCUCAGCUAAAGACUGUGGCAUGUGUGCAUCUGGAUACUAUAAGCUCCUUCACCUUUGCAUUCUACAUUGUCCCCCUAGAUACUACAAGAGCAACAAUCAGUGUGAAAAGUGCGAUCCUCAAUGCGAGUUGUGUGCUGGGCCUGGCCUGGAUUCCUGUCUAGAAUGUCCAUCAAACACUUUCCAGGUGGAGGGAACCACUCAUUGUGUCAGUCACUGCCCUGAGAGAUUUUAUUUGCAUGGGAAGAAGUGCAGAAAGUGUCACCCAAGCUGUAGAACAUGUAAUGAUUCAUCAGUUCAAGCAUGUACAACUUGUGACAAAGGCAGCAGCCAUAAAGGAGGAGUCUGUUAUCCGCAGUGUGAGGAGCAUCGCUACCUAGAUGAUGAUGGCAUUUGCCAGCUGUGUGAUUCCUCAUGUAGGCACUGUUCUGGCCCAGGGCCAAAUCACUGUAUAACAUGCAAAACCAAUACUGCAUGGUCACCUGAAGAAAUGAAAUGCAUCAACUGUUGUGAUUCACAGAAUGAUCAGAAAGAUUGCUGCUUCUGUGAUCUGAACUCUGUACUUUGCAUAAAACACCUACAAGUUGAAGCUGAACAGGUUGCCUUGAAGAACCUAAAGCUUGCCAACAGAUUUCCUCCCAAAGUCUCUCAUUAUUCUGCCGUGACCCCUGUUUUGGUUCUGGCACUGUUGGGUAUGGCAGUGGCAGUAUUUGUUAUAAAACAAGCUAAGUCUAAGAAGAUGCUGUGUUGGAAACGGAGCUAUGAAAGGCUGAAUGGCAGUUCCCGGGCUAUGACAUACUGUGAUGAGGACACCAUUGUUCAUAAGAAUGCCUCUGAUGCUGAAGAGGAAGACAGUAUGGAUGAAUGUGACAUAGUAUACAGCACAGGGGAUGGAACCGUGUACAAAAAGUAUAGCUUUAAGUUAAGGCCAGCUGAUAGUAGGGCAUUGCAGGAAAUGACAUCUAUAAACAAAGUAUAAUGUUAUGAAAUAUU